AUGGAAGCGAACGCGUUUACGAAUGAACCUAAUGGGACAGCUGCUGAUGGUGAUUUUAAGUGUACUUCUGGUAAUUCUGGUACUUGUACUGUUACAGGUGAUGUUAAUGUCUUUACAGCUCUCUUGUAUGACAGGGCUGGAUCUGGCUCAUCCUCUGAUGGAAGUUCUUCCUCUGGUUCCAGCAGUGGGUCUCCUGCGAGAGAAGCUCAGGGCUAUCUCCAAGCACCAGUUCUGCCGACACAGGAAGUGACUCAUACACAAGACUCACACCCUACUAAUCUAGAAACAUCUUCACGACAAGAACAAGAUGCUGGGAACAGCAGGUAUCAAGAAGAAUUAAAACCAGCUGCCGAUUCUCAACCCACCCACGAUGGAAGAGGUGGUGAAAGUACGUCUGAUACUUCUUCUGCUGCUCAAGUGGACAGGAGUAACAACGUAGACGGAGCUAUUACGACCACAGAACAAAACCAAAUUCCACCGUCGAAUCCACCUACACAAGGUAACCCAGGAUCAUCAAAUAACACAGUGGAUAACACUACAACAGGCGAUUCUAAUCCUACCGAGCAAGCAUCUCCUGCAGAGGCAAGUACAACUAACGCAACACAUUCACAAGAGAAUGGUAAUGCUGAUUCAACAGCCACCACCACUAAUACUACCACAGAAGCACCAACCACCACCACCAUCUCUUGUACCCAACGCAGAGAUUAA